AUGGCAACCUUCAAAGAUUACACUUACACCCACUUCCUCGUCACCUCCCCCUCGCCCUUCGUCGCUCACGUCCAAAUCAACCGCCCGCAGAAGCUCAACGCCUUCUCCGAGCCCGUAUGGCGCGAAUUCGGCGCCGUCUUUGACCGCCUCAGCCACGAUCCGGAUGUUCGCGCUGUCAUACUCUCCGGCGCCGGCGACCGAGCAUUUUCCGCAGGCCUCGACGUCCAGGACGCCGUCAACAGCCCCCUCGGCGCGGACCUCGGCGGCGACCCGGCCCGCUACGCAACCAAUAUGCGCCGUCACAUCACCGAGUUCCAGGACGCCAUCGCCGCUGUAGAGAGGUGUGAGAAGCCCGUUGUAUGCGUCCUGCACGGAAUCUCAAUCGGCAUCGCCAUUGACAUCUCAUGCUGCGCCGACGUGCGCAUCUGCGCGCGCAACACACGCUUCGCCGUCAAGGAGGUCGACAUUGGCCUCGCCGCCGACCUCGGCACGCUCAGCCGGCUCCCCAAGCUCGUGGGAUCCACGUCGUGGGUAAAGGACGUCUGCCUCUCGGCGCGCGACUUCCCCGCCGAGGAGGCCCUCGCCGUGGGCUUCGUCAGCCAGGUGCACGACACCAAGGACGCGGCCGUCGCGGCCGGGCUGCGGUGGGCCGAGUUCGUCGCGAGCAAGAGUCCUGUGGCGGUGCAGGGGACCAAGGAGCUUUUGAACCACGCGAGGGAUCACUCGGUUGCGGAAAACUUGCGAUACACGACUAUCUGGAAUGCUGCCAUGCUGCAGUCAAGUGAUACCAAGACUGCCUUGAUGUCCGGACUGCAGAAGAAGAAGCCCACUUUUGAGAAGCUUUAG